GUUCGUAAAUGAUGAUUGUAAUUUGUUGAUCGCCCGGAUAAAAAACGUCUGGGCGUUUCUACUUUAACUUAUAAUUACGAACGGAAGAGGACGUAAACAAAUUUAUAACCUCAAAACUUUUCAAAUUCUUUCUGUUUAAAGUUUAUUUAAUAAAAAAAGCAUUUGGUUUGAUCUGUGGACAUAGAGUAUAGUCUGUGUACUUCUUUAAUGUGAUGGAUUUAUUUGCAAGCAGUAGCUCAAGUAGCGAAGAUGAUUAUAUCGAGGAAGAAAUUAAUAGGAGGAAACCGCCUAGAAUUACCGGAUUUAUUGAAACAGUUGUAGAAAAUUGUAAUAAUAAAGAAUUUCAACAACAUUUCCGUGUGUCUAGGGCGCAGUUUCAAGAACUAUUAAACCACUUGGCUCCAUCUUUAGAAAGGCAGGAAGGUUCAGUUGGUAGGCUGCGAAUAUCAGCCAAGAAACAGUUAUUAUCAGUUUUGUGGUUAUUAGCAACACCUGAGAGCUACAGGUAAUUAAAAUAGCCUGUAAAUAAUAUUUCAUCAUAAUUAAAAUUACCUUUAAAUAAUAUUUCAUCAUAACUUUAUUUGUAGAUCAGUUGGAUGUCGUUUUGACUUGAGCAAGUCAUCUUUAUUUGCAUGUUUUCAUCAAGUCAUUACAGCUCUAAAUGAAAUUUCACCUCAAAUAAUUAAGUGGCCUACAAUAGAUCAAAGGCGUGCAAUAAAAAAAUCAUUUUAUAAUAUAGCUGGAUUGCCAGGAGUAGUGGGUGCAAUAGAUGGGACAUAUGUACCAAUUAAGGCUCCUCGUG